GCUACGCCAUUCGUUAAGCUAAAAAUUGUAUAGAGAUUACAAAAAUAAAUAAAAAAGAGACUAUGAGCUUUGGAAUAAAAUGAAACUUAUCAAUAAUUAAAAAUCAAAGUUUAAAAAACCUAAAAAGCGAUGUAUUCUGCCGUAGAGAAUACUACACAGCAUAUUAAUUAGGCGAAAAAAAGAAAUACUUUAUCCAACAUAACAUGCCUUUGAAGGGGAUAAAAGUUUUGGAAUUUGCUGGUUUGGCACCAGCACCAUUUUGUGGGAAAAUUUUAGCUGAUUUUGGUGCAAAGGUCACAGUUAUAGAUAGGGUAUUGGACAAUCAAUUCAAUUGCUUGAAUCGUGGCAAACAUGUACUUGCUAUAGAUCUUAAAAAGCCACAGGGACAGACAUUGGCUAGAGAAUUGUGUAAAAAACAGGAUGUACUAAUUGAACCUUUUCGUCCUGGUGUUAUGGAAAAAAUGAACUUAGGACCUGAACUUUUAUGUAAAGAUAAUCCACGACUUAUUUACGCCCGUUUAACGGGUUUUGGUCAAAACGGCCGUUUGGCAUUGCGUGCUGGUCAUGAUAUUAAUUAUGCUGCCAUAUCGGGUGUUUUAUCUAUGUUGGGUCGCAGGGGUGAAAAACCUUUGCCACCAGUUAACAUUUUAGCCGAUUUUGCUGGUGGCGGUUUAAUGUGUGCUUUUGGCAUUUGUUUAGCUUUGCUCGAACGUCAUCGUUCUGGACGUGGUCAGAUUGUCGAUUCUGCUAUGGUGGAUGGUGCUGCCUAUGUAGCCAGUUGGUUGUAUAUGUCGCGUAAUAUACCGCCCAUAUGGGAGGGUGGAGAACGUGGCAAUAAUUGGCUAGAUGGUGGCGCUUUCUACUAUGACACCUACGAAACAAAAGAUGGCAAAUAUAUGUCGGUGGGAGCGUUAGAGCCACAAUUUUUCGAACUUUUUAAACAACACUUAGGUCUACCCGAACUUUCACAGUUUGCUACGCAAGACAGUGAAAAAGAAGCAGCAAAGGCUGCCAUCACCGCAGCAUUUCUACAAAAGACUCAAUCCGAAUGGGCAGCCAUAUUUGAAGAUAUAGAUGCUUGUGUGUAUCCGAUUUUAGACUGGCAUGACGUUAUGCAACAUGAUCAUAACAAUGAGCGUAAUUCUUUUGUUAAAUUAGAGGAUAAUACUAUAGCACCACAACCGGCACCACGUCUUAGUCGUACUCCGGGUAAAUUGAGUAUGCGUUCAAGCAAAUCACCGGAAGCUAUAGAAGAAGCGGCUAAUGUUUUGGGAGAUUUAAAACUAAGUCCAGCUGCAUUGGAAAAACUAUUAAGAGACAAAGUUUUAAUUUUACCAAAUGCAACAGCGAAGUUGUGAAUUUAUUAUUUAAGGGAAAAAGAUAUAACUUUUGAUUAAAAAAAAUGUAAUUAAAUAAAUUUUUGAUACGAUUAAUGAGAAAUACUAAUCUUUAUAACAAGGCAAUAAUUUAGAUUAGGAUGUUUAUUCUUACAAAUAUACAUACAUAUACAUAAAUGCAUAUAUAAAAAACGCA